AUGAGGAACAACUGGGGUGUAAAACUGCUUGGGGCGUAUAUCUACCGGCUCCAGAGAAGAGACAGAAACAAUCAACUCCUGCUGCUGCAGUCAGUCAGAAGAGAGGAUGCAGGCAGAUACAGCUGUGCUCUACAUGGACACAGUUACAUCUCUCCUGCUGCUCAUCUCAGUGUCACCUACCCACCAAAGAAUGUCUCAGUGUCUAUAACUGGAUCUGGUGUAAUAGUGGAGGGAGAUUCAGUGACUCUGAGCUGCAGCAGUGAUUCAAAUCCUCCUGCUCUGAACUUCAGCUGGUUUAAAGGAGGAAUGUUUGUAGGAUCUGGAAGAAUCUACAGCAUCUCAAAGAUCAGCUCUGAUCACAGUGAAGAAUACAAGUGCAGAUCCAUCAAUGAACAUGGAGAGAAAUACUCUGAUGCUGUGACUUUGAAUGUCAUGUGUGAGUGUGUAGAACAAUACAUCAUGUCUAUUAUAGUUUUCAGUAAAUUUUAUUAGCAAAUAAAUAAAUAAAAACUGUAUUCUUUUGUCUCAGUUGGAGUAUGUCUGGGGAUAUUUUAUAUAUUCAUUGGAAUGGUUUGCGGAGCUGCAGUUGUUAUUAUCAUGAUGAUGCUGAUUUGGUAAGAUGUGUGUAGUAUUUGUUUGCUGGUACAUAAUUGUAUUUAUAACAAUAAAUACAGCAAAAACUUUUUUUUUUCAUCU